AUGACAGUCAAUCCUUGCAACAAAUUACAAGACCCAGAGAAACAAGAUGCGCCUGAAGUGUACCCCCCAGAUGAAGGCAUCAUGCCGUGGAUACAGGUUGCAGGCUCAUUUUGUCUCAUGUUUGCCUCCUGGGGUUCUGUGAUGUCUUAUGGUGCCUUUCAAGAAUUCUAUAAGUCAAACAUGAUUACAGGACAAACUUCAUCAUCCACUAUUGCCUGGAUUGGAAGCUUACAGGCAUUUCUCCUCAUGUUUGGAGCUGCAUUAACUGGUACCCUCUACGACAGUGGCUAUUUCCGGGAGAUGCUUUACGCUGGUUCAUUCCUCAUGGUGUUUGGUCUUAUGAUGACCUCUUUGGCACAUGAGUAUUGGCAGUUUAUUCUGGCUCAAUCCGUCUGCGCUGGAAGUGGAAUGGGAUUGGUUGCGCUGGGAGCCCUCGCCACAACUGGAACAUGGUUCGUCAAGAGACGAGGACUUGCUGUUGGGAUUGGCAGCACAGGUGCAUCUGUAGGCGGAAUUGUACUGCCAAUAUCAUUGCGCCAUCUGAUUCCCCAGAUCGGAUUCCCCUGGGCAGUUCGGUCCAUGGCGUUCAUUGUAGCUGCAAUGCUCAUUUUACCGCUAGCAGUCUCUCGACAGCGUCUGCGACCAAACCGACGAAAUACUCUUCUUGACUUUCGAUCGCUGCUACAAAUUGAUUUUGGUCUUUAUUGGCUUAGCAUUUUUCUUGCAUUUCUCGGCUUCUUUGUGUUCUUUACCUUUAUCGAAUCGUGGGCCGUGGCCACGCACCUUGAUACGCACGGAGUUCCGCCAUACUACAUUCUCGCUAUUAUCAAUGCAUCCAGCAUCUUCGGUCGCAUCUUUCCGAAUUUCUUGUCCGACACUAUUGGGCCGCUCAAUAUCCAGGCACCUGCCACAUUGAUUGCUGGUGUUCUAGUGUUCGCAUGGAUUCCUGCCCAUUCGAUUGGAUCCGUUAUGGUUGUGUCCAUUCUUUAUGGCUUCUUCUCCGGAUCUCUGGUCUCAUUACCACCAAGUUCUAUCGCUUCUAUGACAGCGAAUAUGGGCGAAUUAGGUGGUAGAAUCGGUAUGGUAUUCCUAGCGAUGGCAUUUGGGUCCCUUAUUGGUGCACCAGUCGCAGGUGCCAUUGUGCAACAGUUAGGCUACGAUGGUGCACGGAUCUAUGGUGGAUGCAUGAUUAUCGCCGGCGCUGCUGUUAUGUUUGCUUCGCGGAUUAAGAAGACAGGUCCAAAGUUUUUGGUCAAAGGUUAG